CUGAUGAUAAAACUCCACUGUUUGCCCUCCUGUAAGCUCAGUCAGAGCAAGAGAGCAACUGAGCCCAGAGGCACAGGCAGAGCAACGGAGCAGGCAGAAAGGGACCCACCACACAACAAAUCACUGCUCUCUGUUGUGUCCUUGGACUUGAUGGCUCUUUGGGACAGUUAGAGGGGAGCACCUGAGCUGUGUCAGACAGAAGCAAGGGAGCACGCUGCCACCUGUAAAGUUUUAUGUUUUGCGAUAGCAGCGAGGAACCAGUUUAUACCUCGACUGGGCAAAGAUCAAAACUGGACUUCAUUUGUCUCCCGUGGAGCUGCAUCCCCGCGGGUGCGUGGUGUGCCGACACACAGAAUGAUCUGAACGCUGAACGGCAUCCUUUGAUGAAAGGCCAACUUUUGGGGACCUUGGAGUUUUUUUCUAGCCACCACACAACUUGCUGCUGGAGACUGGAUCCGCUCAGUUUGAGAGACAGCAGGAGAGAGCGGGUGGAAAAGAGAAUAUCGCCAUCCAUCUCUGGCCCCCACAGCCCACCCUCAGCUUCGGACGCCCCUCCUCUCCGCCUCUUCUUUUGCCCCCUGUACCCCUCCUCCACACCUCACCCCCCAACAGAGCAGAAAGCGUGAAAAAUCUCACUAAUGGGUUUAUUUGCUGUCAGAUCUGUGCUGAUCUGUCAUUCCCUUGGACCAUUCUGCUUGACACACUUCAUAGUUGAGUAAGCCUCCUGGUUUUCUGGCUACAGUUAACAGUGCCCCUGCAACGUUGUGCUGGCUGAGAGCUCAUCAAGAGGGGAGCAACGGCAGCAGCAGCCAGUCUGACAGUAUUUUGGACAGGGAGUUCCUGAAGCUGCAUUCCUCUGGUCUCCUUCUCCCCGUUGGGACUUUGUGUUUGCGAGGCUUGUGGGCAUCCUCAGCUUCUGUCUAAUCACACGGCCGUUCCUCCACACAAGUUUCAAAUUGUUCCUGCGGGGACUCUGGUGCUGAUUGAAAAAUAGCGUGAAGAUGUGGUGUGGGGCUGGGCCUCUGGCCGUGGUGGCUGCAGUGUUUUGGACUCAGUGUGUCCUUCUGGAUGGGGUGGAUGCCAAGAAGGAGAGAAAGAGGCCAAAGGAGGCCACCCCACAACACACAGAGACCUACAAUGCUACUCUGUCCAACAGUGAGGAGGUCGGUGGAAGCAUCAAGACUUCUGAGAAUCAGAGAGUGGAUCCACUGGGAUCAUGGAUGGACUUUGUCAAAAGACCCGUUGGCAACUUCCCUGGAAAGUGUCGCAAACGUAAACGACCACUGCCCGGCCCACCUGGUCCUCCAGGUCCCCCCGGUCCACAGGGACCUCCUGGCUCACCUGGGGCUGAAGUGACCCAGGAAGUUCUCCUCCAGGAGUUCAAAGAGAUGAUUAAAGAGGCUACAGAGAGGAGAGCAGCAGCCUUGGAGAGACAAACCAGCCCCAGCCAGCUGCCCACGGCUCUCCUCACCUUGGAGGGAAUGACCUCCUACCGACGAAUAGAGGAGGCUUUCCACUGCAAGCUCAAGGGACCUGUGGUGGUCGACAAGAAGACUCUGGUGGAGCUCCAGAACUUUCAGACACCACCAGCCAAAGGAGCCUUCCUCAGAGGGUCGGGAAUGGACCAGUCCACUGGGAGAUUCACAGCUCCGAUCACGGGGAUCUACCAGUUCUCUGCUAAUGUCCACAUUGACCACAAUGAAGUGAAGAGGAGCAAGAGUCAACUGAAGGCCAGGGAUAAUGUUCGGGUGCUGAUCUGCAUUGAAUCACUCUGCCACAGAUACACCUCACUGGAGAUGAUUGUUGGAUUAGAAAGCAACAGCAAGAUAUUCACUGUCAGUGUGCAGGGGCUGCUGGAGCUACAGGCAGGGCAGUACACCUCCAUAUUUGUGGAUAAUGCAGCAGGAGCUUCCAUUACAAUACAGAACGGUUCAGAUUUUAUGGGUAUGCUGCUCGGUGUAUAGCCUCGCACAUGAACAGGGCAUCAGCCGAGCCAUCCACCGCAGCCGUUUUCUUUUUCUUUCUCAAUGGACUGCUUUUGAGCACCACCACACAGCACCAAACCACAGGCAGGUUUGAAGGAAGAACAUGAGUUUGACGGUGAUUUGACUGCUCGGUGAAAGGAAAGUGAGAAGAACUCAAAGACUGUUUUUCACAGUGCACUGCCGCUUCCCUGAGGAACCCGGAUGACUGUUGCUUCUCCAAUAAAAUAACCUGAAAACAAAGCAGCUGAUAUGGAUGCUGACGACCCUUACGGUAAACCAAAUGUCAAUGUUGUAAUGUUCUCUGGACAGAUACUGGUAGAGCUAGGGAACAUGAGAAAGCACAUUUGUGUGUAAUGUAUGCCGACAUCUUUAUAUUUUUAUUAUGUACACACGCUCUUGAGCUAUAGUUAUUAUUAUUAUUAUUAUUAUUAUUAUUUUUUACCAUGGAUUAAGUCUCACAUUCAUAUAUGUUAUGGUACAUAGACUGUGAGUACACUGGACAAUGGAAACGUGCUCAUUAGACACGGCCUCACACGAUCUCAGCGACGUGAUGUCCCUCAUCUGUGAUUACAUGUUAUGUAAAUUAACUGUUACUGCAUUUUUAGCCAUGCUAGUGCUGUGGUUUUGUAUGGCUACUUUGCUUCUUACCAUUCAUGGUCCUGGGAGAACAGAUCCUACUCACUGAGGGGAGCUUUCAUCUGGCAUCAUGAGAUUGAGUGAAAUAUUGGAACAGCUAUUGGAUGGAUUGCUAUGAAAUGUUCUUCACGCAUUCAUGUCCCUCACAGGAAGAACUGCAACCAAUGUAGCAUGCUAACAAGCUAAAUUAAGAUGCUUAAUUAAUUGGAUUGUGUCUGUGAGCAUGUUAGCAUGCUGAUAGCAGUAUAGUAGUAGCUCAAAGAAUCGUUGUAUUUAAGAACAGCCUCAGAGAGCAGCUAGCAUAGCUGCAUAGUCUAGUGGCGUGUCCACAUUACCAUGGAGAAAAGCGGUCUCAUGCUGCACGUUCAGCAUUGAUCAGCAAAGUAUUUGCCACUCGUGGCACCACCUUAGCUCGAUAUGACCCAGUUUGUCAUUGCACAGAUCUGGCAAUUCAAAGACACAAGUAAUUUGUUUUUCAGCCAUCUUUCAGUUCAAGCAUCAGUCCAAAAGUAGUGGCUGAGCUCACGGAGUUUAGCACAGCUUGGGUCAACGUUCAACAAACGUUCGGCACACCUUCCUCUGCUCAGUGCAUUACAGACGUCCAUGCAGACCUAUUGCAACACACCACAUACACAACAAUGAAAGAUUCGCUUGCAUUAACUGUUUUUUGCAAUAAUGCGAAUACGCCUUUAGUCUUGUUUAAACGUGUCAGACAAAUCGGGAUACACCUUUUCUUUCUUACAACUCUCUCGACUGUAAGAGAGCAGUAAGAAGACGAUUUUUGAUUAUUUUAGGAUUACUUCUGCAGUCUUUUUUGUGUUAGCAUUAAUCAUCUGUUUUGUUUUUACUAUACUUUAUUCUUUUCUUGACAUAUAGAUGUUUGUAAUUUAUCAUAACUGAGAAACCAGUAACAUUGGAAAACAAUGAACUUUCUUAUGGUAUUUAUAUUUGAGGAACUGCAUGAUUCACUUGUUGAUCUACACUCUUGUGGACUGUUAAUACCACAGAUUAUUGCAAAAAUAAAAUUACCUUUUUACUAUUUUUAUAUUACCCAUUACUAUGAUGUAAUUUGAAAUUAAACUUAAAAAAAAAAAAAAAUGCCACUUU